UGCUAGUCCGGCGCGAAGGCUCGCCAUAGCGGUUCGCCCAAAAAGUGACACACGCGCGAACGCAAAACCGCCACCGACCGCCACCCCGCACGUAGAUUCGCUGAAAAACACCUCGCAGCCACGUAACGAAAGUGAAACCAUCUUCGGACCGGACUCCCAGCAAUACCAAAGACCUUAAACCAACCAAAUUCAGUGUGUGUGAUUCGUUGGGAGUUAAAAAAGGGGACGAAAGCACACGGACACGAGAAAGAUGAGCGGAGCAGAUCCAAAAUGGCAGAAAGACGCCGCCGACCAGAACUUCGACUACAUGUUCAAACUGCUGAUCAUCGGCAACAGUUCGGUGGGCAAGACGUCGUUCCUCUUCAGAUACGCGGACGACAGCUUCACGUCGGCGUUCGUGAGCACGGUCGGCAUUGAUUUUAAAGUCAAGACGGUGUUCCGGCAUGAUAAACGCGUCAAACUGCAAAUUUGGGAUACUGCAGGACAAGAACGAUACAGGACGAUAACAACAGCAUACUAUCGCGGCGCGAUGGGUUUUAUCCUUAUGUACGACAUCACGAACGAGGAAUCCUUCAAUAGCGUGCAGGAUUGGGUCACUCAAAUCAAAACCUACUCGUGGGACAACGCACAGGUGAUCCUGGUCGGCAACAAAUGCGACAUGGAGGACGAACGCGUCAUCAGCUUCGAGCGCGGCAAGCAAUUAGCUGAACAACUCGGCGUUGAGUUCUUCGAGACCAGUGCAAAGGAGAAUAUCAACGUUAAAUCCGUCUUCGAACGACUCGUGGACAUCAUCUGCGACAAGAUGUCCGACAGCCUCGAUACAGAUCCUUCAUUGAUGAAUGCUGGUGGUAAAGGUGGUCAGCGACUGUUGGACACUCCUGCUGGUCCACAAGCAGCAAACUGCAACUGUUAAUGCGUCAGCAACGCUGCAAACACAGGAAAUCACAUCAAAAUGGCGAACCGAACAACAAUCACACGAAAUACGAAUACACUCGCACCCUUUAUCGUACAGUAUCUCAACACAUGACUAUAGUUCGCCAUACAGGAGGGAAACUAACCUCAAAAUCGGUGUCAUGUAAGUACUACUUUCUAACCUAACUUCACAACUACCAGAAACAUGUUUAAGUUGUAUCGUCGUUACAAUACCCACUCGCUUGACACUUGGAUGAUGCAAAGUAAUUGGAAGAACUGUACUGUAAAGAAUAUUUUUGUAUUAAGCGAUUAGUUGCCACAAACACAGGACACAAACACACUUGGAGGGCGAGAGAGGAAUGAAUUCAAUCAUUACACAAUCGCAUAACGAAGGUCAAUAACAUUAUUAAACAAAACGCCCUAUAUAUCGUUGUAUAGAUUAUACAUUAUCUUAUGUAGACGCAGCACACAUUGAACAAAAAUCAUUUCGAGUAGACGCAAAUGUAAAGAGGGAUUCGGACCAUUUUUUAUCGUUUUUUGUUUUUGUAUAUAAAAAAAAUGAAGAGAUGGAACUAAAGCUGAUGCUGAAAAUUGUUUGUGCACAUGUUUACGAUGAUGAUUAGAUUAAUGUAACAAUUCGUCAUAUCCAAUUUACGAUUAGGCCUAUAUUGUUGUAAAGAAAUUUAAUUCAAUCCAUUAAUUCAUCAUUGCAUCACUGAAAUUGAAAAAAAAAUUAAAAUGACACACACGUUGUUAAAGCGUGAUGAAUUUUUGGUGAAACGAAUGCAAAAUGCGAGAAAAUGAAUUUAUCCUGGAGAUAUAGUAAUAAAAUAUAAAGAAAUUGUUGUAUUAUUGUUGUAGGAAUGAAAAAAACAAAAAUUAAUCGGUAAAAACAUCGGAAUUGGAACAAAUAUUGAGUAUUUAUGUAUAUUUUAUAUUUAUGUUAGUAAUUUAUUUCGGAUGUGGAUAGAUGGAUUCAAUAGCGCAUCAAUUUGGGUACAUAGAUGGCGACACACGAUUGACACAUAAUGUAUAUACCUUUUUGAGAUUGUAGGUUAUGUUUUUGACGGUUACAUCUUCGGUUACAUCCGGUGAAUUUCAACAGAAACACUCAAAGUCAAAGCGCUGUCUGUUGUUAUAUUUGUAGGUGGUUCCCAACACUUCACAAUAACGCAAUGUCGCAAACAUUAACUCCUCCCAAUGUAUAAACAAUAAAUACGUAUAAAUAUAUAAAUAUAUAAAUAUUAUAUAGAGAUACCUUUGGGCUAAUGAAAGAUGUGUAUGAUCACGAACGCUUUUCCACCAAUAUUGACGCGUCAAAAUCAAGUUUUGUGUGGAAAUAUUUAUAUACCUAAAAAACCUACAACAUAACCAUGAUUAUCAAUAUCAAACACAAUAAAUAUUUGUAUCGAGUGGUCCGUACAUAAAAGACGCAGCAUGUAGCAAAAGAGACAAACAUUUGAAACAUUAGCCUAAUUAGUUAUUAUAUAUUUAGAAACUAUGAUACUGUCGAAAUUGUACACGACUCAAUGUUAUAUUCGAUUCCUUUUCAUAACCUUCAAGAAUGGAGAUUGUUAUUCAUUGAUGUUUUCAACUUUACUUCAUGCCCGCGACAACAACUGUAUUUGUAUAUGUGUGUGAUGGGUUCAGUUUCCAAUCCAGAUAUCAAUGUUUAUCAAAAUGAAUGUGUAUCCAUCUAAUUUAUUCGUGCCCCGUGAGAAACCAAAAAUGAAUUAACGAAAUUAUUGUGUAACGAAAACCAUGUAUAAAACAAAAAUACAAAAAGUUUGUUAUUGCAUUUUCAAUGUUCAUGUAAUGAAUGCGAAUGCAACUGCAAGUGAGGUAACAAGAAGUACAUAAAAGUAAACUAUUGAUAAAACACGAACAAAAAAAA